UCCACGAUUGCUAAAUUUAGAUUAUUCUUUAUUCUUCCUUAGACAGGUCAUGUUGUUUUGAAGUCAAACCUCAACCAUUUUGCAACAUUGGAAUCCAAAGAACUGUGCUCAACGAUACCAUGCAAGAUAAAGUCAUCUUUAAACUAAGCACGUAUCUGCCGUUAUUCCAUGCAUUGGACUCACUCAACCUUUCCCAUUGUGCCAGCCAGUUAUCAAUUUAUCUUUGUAUGAAGAAUUUCGAAUUCCAGUUUUGCCGUUCAGGACUCGGUGACAGAGAGGAAUGUUCAGGAAAUAUAGUCAUGACCUCCCGUCAAACAUGUUUAUAUUUUGUCAAUACUUCAUCACCUUGUUCUUUAAGUGGCAUCAAUACUACCCUUCAAAAUGCUGGCUAUAAUAUCCCGGUAUCACUAACAGACUUCGAUUGCUCAACAUUGCCAAUCGAGCCCAACACGGGCCAGGAUGGAAGAGGUGUGCUAUUGAUAUCCCUAGAACGAUUAAGUAAGUGACUGGGUGAUUUGGUGCCUUUUUUUAAACAAAAUAUUGCAAAUUUGUUUCCUUAUACCUAAAUUUUCAAAAAAUAACCGAAAUUUUUCCCCAAUUAUCAAAAUUUUUUCAAAAAAUACAAAUUUUCUGGGGGGAGCUAAGCCCCCCCACUUUUACUUCUGGGGGGGCUUUAGCCCCCCUAGCCCCCCCUGUUCCGCCGCCCCUGAUACCAAACGUUUUUGCCGAUUUAGUUAUAUAAAUCUAGUUUUGAUAGCAUUAUUCUGGAUGCCUGGAAUCCGCGAUAAAUCGGCGUUUCAUAGUACGAAACAUAAGCAUCCUAAUAGCUAGUGGGCGUAUUAAAUGUUUGGCUAACAUAUUAAAAUUCAAUAAAGCUAUAUACCUGCCUUGUUAAAACGGGCCAAGCCAUUGAGCUAUGUUUCGUAUAUUAUGAAACGUUGUUUUGUCACAGUGUCAGCCCAGGCAUCCAGCUGGCAUGAUGACAUCAAAAUGUUGUAUAAGUUGUCGCUAAUUGCUGAGUGUAGUAUAACUAUCGUAGAUUCAAGGUUUUAAUAAAAACUAAUUUUUAUUAGUUUUAAACAUUCCGAAUAUUUUUCGAUUGUGAUUUUAAGGUAUAGCGAUGUAAUUUGUUAUUUUCAUACUAAACGGCUUAGAAAUAACUAUAAGUCGUUUGUGAGUGACGUCGCAUAUCGCAGAUAAUCGUACAUGCUGAAAUGCAGAAUUCGGAAGGUUCCGCACUGGUACACAGUGUGAUAUGGACCUCGUAAUCAGUCAAUCAAAAGAUUAAUAAAGGUUCCUUUUUGGAUACGUGUUAGUACUAACGUUAUUAAGGCGAGACUUUUUUUAUUCAUUGGUUUACGGAUCCGCCGACCGUAAAUAUUCAGAAAGUGAAAAAUAAGAAAAAAAAUUGGAUGUCAAAAAUUUUACAAUUUUAGUUAAUUUUAAUUAAUUUGGGGUUCUGGCAUGAAGUACACUUCAAGUGAACUUUGACUCUAGGUACUGCUGGCUCAUGUUAUCGUUAUGACAAUCAAUAUGUAGAUUAGCCACGUUUUGUUUUUUUAAAUUGACGUUAAAAAAUUUUAUAAAGGUUAUUAAUUUCGGUUCUCAUUUAUACUCAGUUCGUUUUGUUGUUUUUUUAAUUUUUUUCCGACCUACCGACCUCUUAUUUUUAAAGUCAAAUCCGUAAACCAAUAAAUAAAAAAAGUCUCGCCUAAAGCAGGUUUUGUUAACAUUUUAAAUUAUCUUAUAGUAGGCCUAGCACGUGUUUUGUUAAUACCCAACAUCACGAAUGGACAUAAUAUACCUCGUUUAAGCAAUGUUGCUGUAUCAAAGCCCAAUUCAAACAGUUUAAAUGUUAACUGGAAAAUGAAUGGCGAGAGGGACAAAAUUGAGGAAUAUGGAAUAUUAUGGAGGAAGCGUGCAGAAAAUGAAGCACCCGCGUACCAGCAUAUCCACACGAAAGUGGAAAAUCAUGUAUUCACUAAUAUAGACCCGAAUGUGCAAUACGAAGUGUUGGUAACUGCAAUAGCACCAAAUUGGGUUCCAGAGCCAUUUACGCUUGUGGUGUCACCAGAAGUUAGCUUCAAUGGUUAGUCAAAGCUCAGUUUUUUGCCAGCGACACAUAUAAUGAGCAUGAUAGAGACAAAACAACCAUGAGGCUAAGGACAUGCAUGGGCUAACAAAACAAAUUUAUAAGAAAAUCCUAUUUCAGUAUCGUCUUCAUAUUAACCGUUUCAUAACGUUAAUUAACUUUGUUUUCUCUUUAAUUCUUUCUCGCUUGUAGAAUAGUAUUAUAUAGACUUAUAGUAAUUGGGAACAUGCACCCGUGAUUAUACUAAAAGUUUUAAUGUAUAAUUAUUUGGCUGGUGCUAAAAUAGUGUUCAAGUUUAAUGACGAAUUUCUAAACGACUGAAGAGUGAAGUAGGAGAAAUUUUAACGUUAACUGAUUUACUUUUCGUUUCUGUACGAAAACAUUGAACAAACUACUGAGUGUCUGGAAUAUGCUGGAAAUAGUCCAUUCCCAUGGGUGAUAAGCAAUUUAGAUAUAUGCCUCACUUCAAUUUCACUAUUUCCAUUCAUAGAGUUUUGUGAAAGUGAGAAAGUUGGCACACCUGAAGCGUUUGGAAUUUUUGUGUGGCCAGAAACUCCAGUUGAAAAUCGUUCUACACUUCCUUGUCCUUAUAACCCCGAAUCCUUUGCGAGCCGUGAGUGUUUGUAUGCAAACCCAACAGAAAGUGGUAAUGUUUGGGGUCCAAUUGAUGUCACGAAAUGCAAAUAUAAUGACGUACGGAGCAAAGAUCUUUUUCUAUUGGCACAGGUGAGCACGUACUUAGUGUAAAGGCUUUUGUGAGGCAUUCAACCCUGCAGCUAAAUGUAUAAUGUACCACCAUUUUUCUGGACGAAUACGGUUCCACACUUGCCUUAAUUAAGGUGUUUCGUAAAUUGAUAUUAUUAUUAAGACUGCUGAUAAACGUUUCUUCAUCAAUUGUCAAGAGCAUUUCAGUAAGCGGUUAAAUCCUAGUAAAUUGAACCCUUAUUAUGUAUUCUUAUUUCUGAAUACUACUACCAAAAGGGAUUUUGGAUAUGAAAUUGCAUAAUGAAGAAAAUGUGCGCAAAUUGCAUGGCGCCUGCAUUCUUUUAAGGAUGUAAUAAUAUCCAGGCAAUCAACUAAUACUUUGAAAGGCUGCAAAAUUAAGGUGCAAUACUCGAUAAGUACUUAAUUUGAGGUUCUAAUUUAAUAUGCAUAUUUUGCACUCAUUAAGCAUUUAUUGAGUACUGAAUUAUUGCAAGCACAUAAGUUGUUCGAAUGUUGCAUAAUUGGUAUAACAUUCACGAUCGCGCAACUAUUGUGCAAUAAAGAAAAAAGAUGCCGCCCGAAAAUGUAGCAUUACAUAAAAUGUAACAUUAUUAUUACCACGAUUAACCCUGCAUAAUGGGUCCGGCUCACGUUGGGAAAGGGAAUAGUGAUUGUUAUACUGUGAUUAAAUACAUUAAAACUGUAAAAUGGCCACAGAGGCCUGUGUGAACUCCAUUCCUUUGUGUGCUGUACUGUGGCAAAGUCGCAAUAACCUCAAUGAAAAGCGUAGUAUAGGAAUAAUCGAUAUAGCUGCUUAACAAGAUUUAAAAAAAAAAAUAAAACCUCUUGUUUUAAUUGGAGUUCUGACUGUUAACGUUGAAUCCACAAUAAGUUAAAUAUUUGAAACUUUAUUUUUUCAGAAAGAGGUGAAUAAUAGCAAUGUGGUGGAAACUAGCCAAGAGGUCAAAAACCUGUCUUCAGUCAACCCACCCCAAACACUGCAACCUGGAGACAUCAGUAAUAUCGCCACAGUGUUAGCAAAAAUUGUCUCAGUGCCACAGAAAGCCAAUGAGGUUGGUUAUGAUACCGAAAUGCGAAUUAUUUGCUGUGUUUAUACUACAAGCCUAAGCCUGUUUUCAGCCUAAUUUGUCUCACGCUGAUUGGUUGUCAGCCAACCAUCAGCGAAAAAUACCAUGCAUGACAUGGCCGAGAAAACCAGGCUUAUGCUUGUAGCUUAUAAAUAUGGCAUAGUUAAUUCGGAGUGACAGAAUUGUUCAUUAUAUUAUGCACUCCCUAUAUUAUUGUAUUUGACGACCAAUAUUUGUAAUGGAAGCAUUUAAAUUUAUAUUAUAUCAUUUUCGCGCUUCAAUUAUAAGUAUCAUUGGGUAUAGCUAAUAGUAUGCCUUCGAGUGAAUUUUGGAGAAAGACAUGUACGAGUGAGUUUUGAUCACAUAAUGAUUUUGAUUGUUUUUGAAAAACUCAGUUUUUCAAAGACAAUCAAAAUCAUUAUGUGAUGCCAUCACUUUGUAAUGUACGUCAUUGAGUUCCUGUGGUAUUAAAAUGCUUUUUAUAUACCAACAACGUGGCAUUAUUGCCAGAGUGAAAUUAUCUUAUGCGUUAGCCAUAAUAAUAACAAGUAAAUAUAUACUUGCAUGGUAAUCGAAAAAGUUGUGUAGGAUUGUUUUAAUUGUGCAGUUAUCCUUUUCCCACUCUUUCUUUUCCCUUUGACUUGUCGUCUGAGGAAAGGUGUAUAUUUAAUUGUUUCCAGGAAGGAUAACGCAGAAAUACGAGGAAGAUAUAUAUUUAUUUUACCUCGAUUUACUUAUUUUUGUUAUGUAUAUUUAUCAAGAUUUCUGACGAUUUCUUCACCACAGUGGACAAUGUACUGGAUUCGAGAAUAGAGAAUGUCUUAGCAAGUCAACAGAACGCAAACUCUUCUUCAAGGUAUAUGGGGAGAGAUAUUGAAACGUGAUAAUGAUGGCCCGAUAUCUAUUUCCGGAUUUUGAUACCUCCUUUUGGUGUAUUAAUUUUACCGCUUUCCAUUGAAGAAUAAAGCUUAAGAUUUUAACUUUUCCAUGCUUCUGUACGUACGUAUGAAAACUACAUUAAUUGGAAUGCAACGACGCUUUGGUCGUUCCAUUAAAAAUGUUUAAAUGCGGCAGAUAUCUUUUCCAUAGAAAGUUUUCCUCCUGCUAUACCUAUAAUUAUUUAUGCUUUCUUCAAUAUCAGAUGUCAUUGCAAAGGGGAUUAUAAGCCGUUCAAGCCAGGGAACUAAAUAAAGAAAACUAAGCCACUUAAGAAAACUUACGAUGGGGUAACUUGCUCAUUUAUUUGCAACACCUAUGCAUGAUAAGUAGCGGGCGUUCCCCACGUUUCUUCCAGAUCAUUUUGCAUUUCAUCCAACUUGCAUGAUCAUAGGUUUGGGGACUAUAUAUCAUUCUUUCAUGCCAGUCACAUUUUUUUUAUUUUUACAGGAUUGUCGAAGCUUUAAAUAACCUUUUGGAAGCACUGGUCAUUGGUCCCAGAAACAAAUUUGUAAAAGUGAACAGAAACUACGCCAUUAACUUACAGGUUGUCCAACCACAGACUUUUACCGGUCUGUCAUUUUCAGGGAUUGUCAGAAAAUCCCACGAAUCAUCGUUGAAGAAAAAUAGCAUUUCAGCAAAAGAUGAUGACAGCGUUCCAACCGCUGCUAAUUCAGCUGCUUCCAUUAGUGUUCCUCGAACAGUAUUCAACGAAUCAACCAUUACGAACAGAUCCAUACAGCAGACGGCUAUUUUCGUUCUCUAUAAGGAAACAAAGUUCUUCCGUGUUUUCUUUGUCGACAGUAGUGAGACCGCAAACCGUUUGAAUAGUUUUGUAAUUGCUGGAAGUAUUAAGGGAUUAUCAGUUGCAAAUUUAAGCGAGCCAGUUAAAAUCGUUCUACAGCGUAUCGUGCCAGGAGACACGAACAGUACAUUGUGUUCAUACUGGGAUUUUAACCUUGGAAAUUGGUCACAAGAAGGUUGUAGGUUUGAACGAGUUCUUGGAGAUGGCAGGAUCCUUUGCAACUGUAAUCAUCUUACCAACUUUGCAAUGUUGAUGGUAAGUUUAUUAAUUUAUUUUCAAUAAAUAAACUUUUCUUCACGUGACUGACUUUCACAAAGAAAAAGAUGUUGUUGAGAAGUCGCGUUAUACAGUGGUAACUAGCAGAGAGAUCUUAGGGCAAUAUGUGCAAUCUGAUUUACACAUGUGUCAAGUAGCAUGUUUUCUUAGGUGAUAAGUAAUUUAAAUUAAAUUAAUUUUGUAAUUAAAUUGAACACACGAACAAACCAUGCAGCUUUAAUACAUGUGAAAAUGUACAUAGCCCUACUUGCAGAGUUGCAGUUUUCACAAUGCAAAUGUUCACGAAUAGUGCGAUUUGUAGUACAUGGACCCAAGGAAUUGGAAUUCCUUCAUAUACUUCUAAAAAUUAACCUCUGGUUGAAAACACUGAUCUGGUUCAAAAUUGUAUUUUUAGGAUAUUAAUCCGGAGCCCACAAAGCAUGACAGAAUACUUGGAGUAAUAAGUUACGUUGGAUGUGCGCUCUCAUUGGCCGGACUAAUCUUGACAAUCAUUACGAUACUGAUAUUAAGGUAAAUAACAAAAACUGUGUAUUAAGUCGGAAUAUGAUGUGAGAAAUCGUAUACCUUGGCCUGAAAUAGUUAAGGUUUCAAGAGCCAAGCGGCUCACCCCCUCCAAUAACUUAAUUAACUUUUGUUGUACGUGAGUUAGGGCUAUUUGCCCCCCCCCCCUCCCUCCCGCCGCCGCACCCAUCUCCAUGUUUUCAACUUGUUUUUGCUUACGAUACCAGUGGAUGUUAGUAUAUCAAACUUUGAAUUAUUUUUAUAUUUUAGAGAUCUCCGAAACAAAAUUCCAAGCCAGAUUUUGUUGAACUUCUGCAUUGCUUUGUCGUUAUCGUUAAUUGUGUUCCUUGCCGCUGCUGAGAGGUCAAAAACGUCAUCAUUAGCCGGCUGUAGGACAGCAGCAAUUGCCUUACAUUACUUCUUGUUAGCGACAUUUUUGUGGAUGGCGAUCGAAGCAUUCAACAUGUAUCUGGCGUUUGUCAAAGUCUUCCCAAAUUCGAGUCCUUCAAAGUUCAUGUUGAAGUGUUGCCUCAUUGCUUGGGGUAAGGUUUACCAUACACAUUUUACAGGCAAUCAUUUGUGAAUUUUGUGAUUAAAUAGAACGCGGCCAUAUUAAUGUUCGCAGCGUUGUUACCGAAGAGAAGCUGAAGAAAGUGCUAUAUUUACUGUACCUAGUCAUGAUUCCCGUGAAAACGGUUUUUAUGUUUUUUAAUUAAACGAACUAUUUUACCGAACCUUUGCAGAUUUAGUAAAAAAAUAUUACCCAUUCCAGUAAUCCAGUUUCGUCUUCAAUUUACCAACCAGCCAGAAAUAAAUCAUUUCUAAACUUUGGGGGUCUAGCGUUGGUCACGGCGUACGGUUGGAUUUCACGAUAUAUAGGCACAUUCUGAAACAGAAAAAGUAAACGAACUAUGAUUUUGCUACAUUGUAGGUUUACCUGUGAUAAUAGUAGCAAUAACAAUGAUAGCUGCUCUGGACAAAUAUGGCGACGAUACAUAGUAAGUGGACUUUUAUUUUAGCAGUUAUAGCUUGAACUACUAGCAAUUCGUUAGUGUACGCCCCUCGCUGGACC